CAAACGGACCCUUUACUCAAAAGUAAACCGAGACAAGGAGAGAUCUGUUAUUGCGCCUGCUAGACUGAGUAUGAAGCCGGCGGCGGAGAUGAGUAGCGACGCCCCAUUCCUUCCAAUUGAAAUCAUCUCCAACGUUCUCAAGCGACUUCCGGUGAAAUCCCUAAUCCAAUUCCAAACUGUGUGCAAUCUCUGGAAGAAUCUCAUCAACAGCCCAUCUUUCAUCGCCAGCCACCUCGACCACUCCGACCGAGAAUAUCCCUCUUUUAUUGCCAAGGGACAGAACAUCGUCUCAGGUACCUCGAUUCGAUAUUUUCUCGACCGCGACAUGCAACUCCGCCAAGUUCAGAACAAUCCUUUGAUCGAUUCGUUAGGGAACGCCAUGAUAGUCGGCUCCUGCAACGGAUUGCUUUGUGUUCAAAUCCAGAAGCCUGGUACUUUACUGUCUCUUUACUUCUGGAAUCCUGCAAUUAGAGAGGUUAUGCAAGUGCCUAGAAGCAGAACAAUUAUGGACUUUUGUUAUUAUUGUAUUUUGGGCUUUGCAUUCAGUCCAGCUAUUAACGAUUACAAAAUUGUAUUAACCUAUAUGAGGCGGGGUAAUGUGGGAUAUGAAUUUGAAGUUUAUUCACUAGCCACAGAUUCAUGGAAGAAAAUAGAACUUCCUGGCUUAGAAGGCAGACACCUUCUAGCGUAUGGUGUUACUUCUAAUGGGUCUAUGUUUUGGUUUGCAACAAAGAGUGGUUUGGCAUCUCAUGAGGAAGAUAAUUCUGGUGUCAUAGUUUCAUUUGAUUUAGCAAUGGACGUGUUCAGUUUGAUACCACCGCCUCCUUUAUCCGGGAGCGGAGUUGCUAAGCUGGCUGUGUAUGCAGACAGGCUUGCCGUAUAUCACUAUUCUAGUGCUUUAAACACAAAUGCUUCGAUUGAUUUGUGGGUGAUUGAGGAAGGCAUUGGUGGUUCUUGGAGUAAGAUAUUGACUUGUGGCCCUUAUCCGCCCUUUGUAGAACCAGUGACCGUUUGGAGGAACCAGUUUCUCUUCAACGUUUUUGGUAAAUAUUCAGUACAGGGAAAUGAUGAGAUUGAUGAAGAUGGUAGUUUUUUGUUUGAUCCCACUUCCAAUGAAGUCAAGGUCCUUUCUUCGGGCAGAAAUGUCAUUCUUCAUGCUGUUUUUAGAUAUGUUGAAAGCCUUGUACUCAUUAGCGACAUCCAUACUGGAAAGCAUUGAUUUCAAGGCAUAAUCAUUGUUGAAUGAUUAUAAUGCAAUGCAGAUUUACUGAUUGCAUUGGCUCUUUGUACACAAUGAUAACUAAUUGUUUGUUCCUAGUUGUAGAUAUUCUAAAACGCCAUUUAAAGGCACAAACGCAUUGUAUUGUAUAAAUUACUACGUAUUUGUUGCUUGUAUGUGAUUACAUUUUCAGAAUUUUUACACGUUUUAAGCACUUCGUACGUUAUUAGUAUAUGCAAAUGUACAAGACAUUCAAAAACUACUGCAAUAUUUAUUUGAAAAGGUCUUUUCCACA